AUGUUCACUGCACUGUGUGUUCGGAUCUGUGUGUUCUACUGCACCAUGUGCCUGGCAAGCUGGCCACUCUCCACAGAGGCAGCCAGACGCCGCUGUGGCUCCGACCUCCUCAGCGACCUCUUAUUUGUGUGUGGAGAUCGUGGCAUCUAUAUCGGUAGAGGCACAUGGUCUGGGUAUGGAGCUCGACCCAGAGGGAAGAAGGGGAUCGUAGACCAAUGCUGCCGCUCAGGUGGCUGUGACCUGCAUCAUCUGGAGAAAUACUGCGCCAAACCAAAGACUCGCAGCCAGCAGCAUACAACAACAUCCCCAUCCACUACCACAAAACCACAGACCAGUACACAUCUAGACCUGGCACAGCAGUUUGAAGCCUUACUUCAAAAUAAACUUCUAGAAACCCUGGGAGCACCCAACAGUCCAAAGAGGGAUUCUUAUAGAAAGAAAACACACAACUCCCGUCAACAGAAAAACAGAUACUCAUCUUCACGCAGGAGAAGGAACAUAAAGCAUACAGCCAAGAUGACUGAGACGUCUACUAGUCUCCUUCAAAGAGUGACAAUGCAAGAAUGAUGAACUGUACCCUAUUGAAAAGCUCAUUAUUUAUAGUGAUUGACAUGUGUAAAGCAGAUUUGAGAGACUGGUGCAUGCUGUUGUAAUCCAGUAUACACAGCAAGAGAGUCUCUCCAAAGAUGAAACUCACUGUGGAAAAAAACCAAAAAUUUGUCCCUGGAUAUGAACUGAUCUGGAGAACACAAAUGAUUUUAAUGUGACAACAUACAUCAGUUUGCAGUCAUGUAUGGACAUUUUUAGAUGGUUAACGUUAGAAUGGAUCAGACGAAGGAAAGCUCUCCUCUGCUAUGGUUGUUUUUUGCUGGGAUUGGUUCAAUAGCUGCUACUUUGUUGAAAUACAUCCUAAUAUUGCCCAAGCACUGUGCACUAAUUGUGAUUAGUGUCUAAGAUUAAGGAUGUUUUAGCACAUAAAAGUUCAAAG